AUGGUGUCAAGGCUGGUGGAGGAGAAGGCCAGGGCACAUGGAUUUCGGUUUCGGUACUGUCCUGAGCUGCCGCUGCUGCCGCCGCCGCUGUGGCAGCGCGCUGGGGCGGACAGCCAGCCGGCAUCUGCACCGAGCGAGGCAACUGCAUAUAGGCAUGCACCAUGCGUUGGUGUGUCACUGUGUGCUGAAAUGCUGCCGAUAGCAGAUCAGUUCUUCGUCAGGCCUCCAUUUCAGAAGGAUGAUCUAGACCUGGAAGCAGCCAUAGCAAACGCCCGCCCCCAGCUAGUGGAGUUCCUCCGUCACCGUCCUGACUGGCUGCUCACAACCUCCCAGCGCUUCCUCCCAGGGACGGCCCUGAAGGGCCUGGAUAGCAUCGCCGACCACAGAGAAAAAGUCUCGGUGCUUCUUGAGUUGCUGGAGGAGGCUGGCAGUGCCACCUGGAAACAGUUUGCACAGUACCUUUGCAUGGAUUGCGACCUCCCCCUGGAUCUGGAGAUACUGCUCAUAAGUUCUACAGGAGAAGGCUCACACUCACAGCAACAGGAGCUUCUUGUAGAGCUGGCUCUGGUUCUUGCUGAGGUUUGCCAGUGCCCUCAGUACUUGUGUGUUUGCAUCCGCUGGUGUGGUCGCCGCCACCGUUGCAGCAGCUCUGUGAGCGAUGAGGACGUUAAAAAGCAGCGACUAGGGUGUGGUCGCCGCCACCGUUGCAGCAGCUCUGUGAGCGAUGAGGACGUUAAAAAGCAGCGACUAGAUCCGGCUGAAAAGUACCGGCAUCUUCUCAUCGAUUAUAUCCGCCAGAGGUAUGGAAGUAGGAGAGCAGCAGGAGCAGCAGCACAGGAACAAACAGAGCCACUGGCUUUCAACCAAGCCUUUGUCAACCUUGUCAUUCGGCAGAGCAAAGCCUUCCGCUUAAAAGAGAGAACAGGUAAACCCCAAGAGGAUGUGGCAGGUGCUCCUGAACCAGAAGAAUGUGCGGAUACAGCCAUGCAAGUGUCAGAUCUGUUUCGUAGUGUGGUCCCAUCGGGCACGACAAAGGUGAUCUUUUUGUUUGGUAAACCAGGCACAGGCAAGACCAUGCUAAUGCACAGGAUUUGUCAGAAAUGGGCAGAAGGUGUCUUACCUCAGUUUCUCUUCACUUUCCUGUUUGAGUUUCGGCAGCUGAAUUUAUUGAAAAGAAACUUGACUCUGAAGGAGCUUUUGUUUGACCUGUUCCUUCAGCCAGAAGACAGCCCUGAUGCAGUGUUCCAGUACCUCCUGGAAAAUGCCUGGCGUACACUGAUCAUCUUUGAUGGGCUGGAUGAGUUUGCAGCUGACAUGGACGUUUCAUCUUCUUCUAAGGGAGGCCCAACUCUUACCUCCCAUAUGUCCGUAUUUGAGCUCUUUGCAGGCCUCUGUCAUGGGAAGCUCCUGCCUGGUUGCACAGUGUUGGUCACCAGCCGACCUAAGAGACUACCUGACUUCUUAUUAAACACAGUAGAUCUGCUAGCAGAAAUUUGGGGAUUUGACCAUGAGAAGGUUGAGGAAUAUGUCAGCCGCUAUUUUCAUCAGCAUUCAUUCAAAGAACAAGCCAUUGCUCACCUGAAGAGCAACAACAAGCUCCUCAACAUGUGCCUUAUCCCUGCUCUGUGUUAUGUUGUGUGCAUCUGUUUGGAGUAUUUGCUCCUUAAGCAUCAGAUGAGUGUGGAGCUUCCUCAGACUAUGACACAGUUUUAUAUCAAAAUGCUUCUCAUCUUCAUAAACAAGCAGCAGGGAGAGUGUGCAGGUGGCGAGGAGACUCAGCUGAACUGUAACAAGAAGGCCAUUUUGGGUCUGUGUGAUCUUGCACUGAAAGGCCUGGAAGAUAAGAAGGUUGUAUUUUAUGUUGGUGAUAUUCCAGAGCACCUGAAGGAAUUUGCUUCCUUACAUGGAUUGCUGACUGUCUUUGAGGUGAAGACGAGUGGCACUUGCCCAGAGACUGGCUAUGCCUUUGUGCACUUGAGCUUGCAGGAGUUUUUUGCAGCACUGUGUCUCAUGGUAAGUAAGAAGGUGGACAAGAACUACUUGAAGAAGAAGUUCUCUUUGAAGUCAAAGUGGACUUCAAAGAAUGAGGCAAAGACUGAGUUCAUGGAGAGUUUUCACAUCUUUCUCUCAGGCUUGUCGUCAAAAGAAUGUAGGACAUUUCUCAUGCUGCUGGCUGAACAAGAUGCAGGUUGGGUGCAAGAUAAGCAGGACGCAAUCCUGCAGUCUCUCAAGAAACUGGCAGCCACUCAUCUGACAGGACCUAAAGUCACUGAGCUCUGCCAUUGCACAUUUGAAACACAAGACCUCAAAGUAGCCCAGCACAUCGGGAGCCUGCUGAAUUUCAAGUACGAGUUUAAAAAUUUUAGACUGACACCUCUGGACAUGUCGGCUUUGGUUUUUGUCAUAAACUCGGGCCAGAAUUUGACUCAUUUGGAUUUUUCAGGAUGUGUCAUGGAUAUUGACUGUUUGGAGGUUCUGGCCAGCUGUAAAAAUGUGGAGCACUUGAGCUUUCGUAGUAGGAGAUGUGGUGAUGACUUUGUUGCUGCUCUUUCAAAGAGCUUACAAGGAAUGGGGAGCCUGAAGAAACUAGAAUUGACAGGCGGGAGCAUCACAGCUAAGGGGAUGACUAACUUGGUCCAGGCUUCAUCACAGUGCCUCCAGCUUGAGGAAAUAAACUUGCAGGACAAUCGGAUACGGGAUCCAGAGGUGAAGAGGAUGAUGGACCUGUUUUCCAGAAUGGAAAAGCUGAAGAAAAUAGACCUAAGCAACAACAGUCUUUCCUUGAACAUUGUUCUCAUUUUGGCAAAGGAAGUCAUCGCAUGUCAAAAUGCUACUGAACUGCGUGUCAGGAAAGACACAGUGAUGAUAUAUUUUUCUGGCCCAUUUGGGAAAGUUCCAAGAUCUUUGGAUUUGAAGUGGGAAGAGAAUAAGGAACAUGUAAUUCCAACUAGACAUGUGAAGUUAUGCUUGCAGGAUCGCAGCCUGUCUUCCCAACAUGCAAAGGAGAUCGUUGCGAUUCUCCAGAGCUGUCCCUGUCUCUCCGAAGUGGAUUUAUCAGGUAACAAGCUUGGAGAUGAAGGCUGCAGUUGCCUGCUGGAAAGCCUCCCUUGGAUAUCAAUUUCAAAGCAGCUGGAUCUCAGUCAAAACCGCCUCUCUGUUAAUGGCAUUUGCAGUCUGUUGAAGUCAGUAAAUACCUGCCAGAAGAUGAUGGAGGUACAAGUCAGCCUUUGUCAUGAGACUGCAGUCCUGAGGUUUACAGAAGACAGGGAGUUUGCUUCCCUUCCUCCUAGGGAAGAGCCUAUGUCCUCUACUGAUGACCAACAAUAUGGAGAGGAAAACCAGACACCUACUGCUUCAAAAAAAAUAAGACUGACAGACAGUCAUUUUCAAGCUGGUGACCUGGAGAAGCUGUGUGCAGUCCUGAAGGAAUGUAGCAGCAUCUCCGAGCUGGACCUAUCAAAUAAUUAUCUGGGAGACGAGGGACUUUUGCAGUUGUUUCAGCUCCUCCCAAAUUGGAAAAUGUUAAGUUCUCUCAAGCUUAAUGACAACCAGAUCUCGCUGAAAUCUGUGUUUUUCUUAGCUCAGUCCUUAUCUACACUGGAACACAUUAAAACAAUGAACCUCAGCUUAGGACACACGCAGGUGGUUCAUCUAACCUUUUGGGAAAGAAUCAGGGUCAGAAGUACCAGCAGAUGGAGAAGUAGUUUUCUGGCGCAUCCCAAGCACGUAGCAAAAGGACGGUGCUUUUGUCUCAGGGACUGCAGAGUGGGUCCUGAGGACAUGACCAGGCUGUGCCAGAUACUGGCUCAGUGUCCCCAGCUGACAGAAAUUGCUCUGUCUGGAAAUUCCCUGAGUGACCAGAGCAUUGAGAGAUUACUGAGCUUCCUGCCAUACCUCUGUCAUCUGACACUACUGAGUAUUAGGAGCAACACAUUUUCCCCACGUUGCAGCGUCUUACUCAUCAACUCCAUCAAUCUCUGUGAGCGGAUCAGAAUGGUAGAAGUCCGGUCAAAUGAAAAUGCUUUUUUGCAUUUAGGAGAAAGCACGCGAAGCCAAAAGACAUCCUGCAGGCUGACAGACUGUGCCAUCGGUCAAGGACAGAUAGAUGAGCUCUGCAGAGUCCUGGAGCAGCAUGGGUGGCUGGCAGAAGUCGAUUUCUCCAGGAAUCAGCUGGGAGAUGAAGGCCUGAGGUGCCUCUUGGACCACUUGCGUCAAGUGCCCAUUACCUGUUCCCUCAAUCUCAGCCAUAAUAGGAUUUCUCAGGAUGGAGUUCUGCAUCUCAUAAAUGCCUUUGCGACAUCUGGAAAUACCACUGAAGUUCAAGUCAGUUUGUGCUCCAAAGCAACUUUAAUCAUCAAGUUGACAAGCAGAGAUCACCCGAGAAAGAUUUUGAGGCUCUCAGAGUGCAACUUUCAGCCAGAACACUUGGAAAAGUUGUGCUUGCUCCUGGAGAAGUGCACUGGUCUGACAGAGUACAUAUCCUCAAAUAACAAUGUGACAGUCCAAGCUGCAGAAAGACUUUUGCAUUCACUGAGGAAAAAUCUGAGUCCUCUGAAAAUCAGCAUAGAAGAACCAUGGGUAUGUAAAGAAAGUGUCACAAACCUUCUUGAGCUGGCUGUCCAGGCCUGUGGAAACAUUACUGAGAUCACGAUAUGUAAAGAUAAAACCCUCUUCCAAUUAGGUGUAAGGUUCCCACACUGCCUGGAGAAGGUGGAAUCAGUCGUUAGCAGAUUGAAUCUGUACAAGCCAGAAAUCAAGCAUGCUUGCUUCUGCCAAAGGGUUUGUGAAAAAUGUGCUCAGCUUGAGGAAUUGAGAUGGUCUCAUGUUGAGCUUCACAAUGAUGAAGCAGAAAUGCUAGUCAGGAUUUUGCUACCUCUUCCAGAGCUGAAGAAGUUUGGGCUGACCUCUAGCAGUAUUAUGCCAACUGGAAUUGAUUACUUGAUCACGGGCUUGCAGAAUUGCCAGGCCAUUGAAGAGCUCAACCUGGGCCACAUGAAACUCAGCAGUGCUGCUAUCACUAAGCUUGUGCUGGCACUUCGUGAAAUGCCAUCUCUGAAAAGGCUUAUCUUGAACCAUAACAGUAUUGGUAAUGAUGGCUGCUCCAGACUUGCAGGAACCUUGAGGAAUAUGCACUACAUGGAAGAAAUCAAUUUAAGCCACAACCAGAUUGGAGAUCCAGGCCUGAUAAAUCUAGCUGCUGUCCUGCUGGAAAUGGAAAACCUGAAGAGAAUCGACCUUUCAGGGAACAGUCCUAGUCCUGCUGGAGGGGAAAAGCUGAUGGAAGCUCUUGCCUAUUGCAAGCGCAUUGAGGAGUUACUACUAUCAAGGAAUGUUUUUGGAGACAGGACAGCAGUGAAACUUGCCCUCUGUCUGCCUCACAUGACCAACCUGAAGAUCCUGCACUUGCAGAACAAUAACAUUGGGCCAGCAGGAGGGAUGGAGCUGGCCAGAGCUCUGGUGUCGUGUGGGCUGCUAGAAGAGAUAAGUUUAUCAGAAAAUGACCUUGGAGAAGGAAGUAUCCAUGCCCUGUCCGAGGGGCUGCCAUGCCUUGAACACCUCCAGAAGAUCGACUUGAAACUCUGUGGAAUCACUGAUGAUGCUUCAAAAUCACUUUCUCACGGCUUCCGACAAUGCCCUUCCAUGGAGGAGAUAAUGCUGUCUUGGAACGCCCUUGGUGAUAGAGGAGCCCAAGAGUUGGCCAGUGCUCUCCCAGGGAUGGAAAAGCUGAAGAUGUUAGAUCUGGAGAAAAAUCAAAUUGGUGCCUGUGGGGCCACAAAGCUAGCAGAGGAACUUGCCAAGUGCCCGGAAAUUCAAUUCAUAAGGCUGUGGGACAACCCAGUGCCAAAGGGCCUCGCUGAGAAUUUGACAAGCCAAGAUCCAAGACUAUGUUUCUCCUUCUACUAG